UUUUACAGUUCAUUUAAACACUCGUUGUAGAACUUAUUUUUUUUCCUACAAAAUAUAACGCAGAUACAAUUAUGUAUAAAAGUAUUAACAUAUCGUCACCCUGUUAAAAUAAUCGCCUAUGUAUUUUUUUUUGUCAAAAUUGUUGUUUUUUUGCCUAAAUCAUCUCCUCAUGAAGCCGGCCACCUAUGGUCCACAUUUGCUCGGUAGGAAUGCGGUAGGCGGGGCCGCUACGCUCGUGUCAAACUUUGGGAAUGACAGGAGUGCUGCAGGAUUCGCAAAGAAGGGGAAGUGUCGCCCUUGUUGGUCCUGUUUGGAUUACUUUGACUUCUUUUUACGCGCAGUCUUUGGAUUCAACACCUUUCUACAGAUAGCACGGCCUCAGCAGACUCCUCAGCCAUGUCGGAGGACCUGAGCUCCCAAACCUGGUCCAUCAACAAAGAUGAUUAUGAGCUACACGAGGUGAUUGGGAGUGGAGCCACAGCAGUGGUCCAAGCCGCCUACUGUUUACCACGUAAGGAGAAGGUGGCCAUCAAACGUAUCAACCUCGAGAAGUGCCAGACAAGUAUGGAUGAACUCCUGAAAGAGAUUCAGGCCAUGAGCCAGUGCCACCACCCCAACAUUGUGUCUUACUACACCUCAUUCGUGGUCAAGGAUGAGCUGUGGCUGGUCAUGAAGCUGCUCAGUGGUGGCUCCGUGCUAGAUGUGAUCAAGCAUAUCAUCUCGCGAGGUGAACACAAGACGGGCGUCCUGGAUGAGGCCAGCAUAGCCACGGUGUUGAAAGAUGUGCUGGAAGGUCUGGAGUACCUACACAAGAAUGGACAGAUCCACAGAGAUCUGAAGGCUGGAAACAUUCUCCUCGGGGAUGACGGUUCAGUGCAAAUUGCAGACUUUGGCGUCAGUGCCUUUCUAGCCACAGGUGGUGACAUCACUCGAAAUAAAGUGCGCAAGACAUUUGUGGGAACGCCAUGCUGGAUGGCCCCAGAGGUCAUGGAGCAGGUGAGGGGUUACGAUUUCAAAGCAGAUAUUUGGAGUUUUGGGAUCACAGCCAUUGAGCUCGCCACCGGGGCCGCACCUUAUCACAAAUACCCACCAAUGAAGGUCUUGAUGCUGACGCUGCAGAACGACCCCCCGGCCCUGGAGACCGGCAUCACAGACAAGGAGAUAGUGAAGAAAUACGGCAAAUCCUUCAGGAAGAUGGUCUCCCUGUGUCUACAGAAGGACCCAGAGAAAAGGCCGACAUCCUCUGAGUUGUUGAAGCAUAAAUUCUUUCAGAAAGCAAAGACCCAUGAGUAUUUACAUGAGAGGUUACUUCAGAGGGCGCCCACAAUAACAGAGAGGUCGAAAAGGGUGCGUCGAGUACCAGGGUCAAGCGGUCGGCUGCAUAAAACGGAGGACGGCGAGUGGGAAUGGAGCGAUGACGAGCUUGAUGAGGAAAGUGAAGAAGGCAGAGCAGCCAUUGCUGCCUUAAGGCAGGUGAAGCCUGUUAGUGCCACCAGGCGACAAGUGCGCUUCUCCUACCCACUCGAGCUGCCUGCGUCCAGGUCACCAAGAGUGAAGGAGGGGUCACAAAAUUCGGAGACUUUUCCAGAGCCUUUAAGUAGUCCGGUCCCGCCAACGGCCGCAGGUCAGGCAGAACUACCUCAGGCUGCAGGCCAGGUUCCACUGCAGCCCACACCAGCCAACACUCAACCCACUGCCCAGGCCACAUCACCUACACCAGGCGUACCUGCUGCUGCUGCUGCUGCUCCCACACAGGCGCCAGCUGCCUCAGGAGAUGUCAAGGCUCCCAUUAGUUUGGUAUUAAGGUUAAGAAAUUCAAAGAAGGAGCUUAAUGACAUCCGCUUUGAAUUUAUGCCUGGGAGAGACACAGCAGAUGGUGUGUCCCAGGAGCUGGUGUCGGCAGGCCUGGUGGACGGGAGGGACUUAGUAAUAGUUGCUGCAAAUUUGCAGAAAAUAGUUGAUGAGCCUCAAGCCAAUAAAAAUGUCACUUUCAAACUGGCCUCUGGCAUUGAGGGAUCUGAAAUACCAGAUGACGUCAAAUUGAUGGGCUUUGCACAGCUCAGCAUUAGUUAAACUGUUGUACUACCUGGGACCGUGACUUGCCUAAAAAAUGUGAAAAUGAAAAAAAAAUAGUUAAAUGCAUUUUUUCUUUCUAUGGCUGUAAAGAAACCACUACUGCCAAAGAAAACAGUACCGUUUUGUCACCCAUAGGAUUAUACAACGCCGGCUGACGUAUCAGAGCGUCCAGUAUAAAAAUCACUCAAAAAAGUUUACAGCGUAUAUGUAGAAGGAUGCAAGUAUCUACAACAAACGGUUUUCACUUCAUUCUGGUCGCCCUCAUCCUGUUAUUUCUUUCUCUCUAAUAUGUGAUGCAUUUGCACAAUCUGAACUAACGCCCGUCAAUCCUGAUAAGUGUAACAAUGCCUUAUAUUCAUCAGAACUACUGAAUGCACGUUUUUUGGGGAAGCCCCCAGUUACCAUAGUUGUCUGAAAUGUACAAAUGUGGUUUCAGUUGCUCAUGUUAAACUUUUCACUUCAUUUUUAGGAGCCAAGAUGCAGCCUACUAACUAAAUUUUAAACACACUUGUGUAAAAACACUUAACAGUAACGGUCUUUAUAGGAAAAGGCUGGCUUUAUUCUGUAUUUUUGUCAAUAAAUGCAGUGAAGAGACCAAAACCAUAUAUAGUAAUAUUUGAAAAAAGGCAAAAUAAUUUUAUGAUUUCCAUCACUGAGCAGCAACGGUGCAGCUCAGUGAUGAAUUUUUUAUAAUUUUGGGGGGACAAUAAGACAAUAUGAAAUAUAAUUAAUAUCACCAGUCUUAUCCUUUUAAGUAUUGAUACAAGCAGCGUUAUUUGCUUCUGAUGAAAGUGUCAGACAACUCAAUUAAGCUGUUUUUUAAAUUAUUAGUCAAAUAUAGAUUAUCCAAUACUUCCAAUUGAUAUUAACAUCAUUAGUCAAAUUUACCUAAAAAUAAAAUGUAAAAUGUAGAUUAUUCAACCGUGUCUCCUAUAAUAACACUCCUGUGCAACUUUACUACAUUCUUAAUUACAUUUCAAGGAAAACGUCUUGUUUCCUGGAUUACAGUUGCCGUUUCUUACACAUGCUUAAUGUUGUGAAACGGUUGUAGGUUUAGGCACCAAAACUACUUGGUUAUGUUCAUUAAAAGAAAAUGGUUUGGGUUAAAAUACAUGUUUGUUACAUAAGUUUGUUAGGUUUAGGUAAUAGAAGUAUGUGGUUAGGUUUACUAAAGAGUAACAUGGGGAAAAAAUGUUUUAAUGUUAACAUUUAGUUUCAUAUGGGAUGUGAAUAGCUGUGUAAAUGUCCUGUGUUUGUAGGACAUCUACCCCAUCCACCUCCUUGCACAGACAUCCUAAAGUUGAUCAAACAUUUUUGUGAUAUGUCUAGAACAAACGUAAUUGGAGAGAUCAUACGUUUCCUUUUGAGAAGUACUCAACAAUGCAGUUUAGUUGAAUGGGAACAAGAUCUGGGAGAUUGGGGGAAAAGAGUAGAAGAUAAUAUAAUUUGGUUGAUUUUUCUUGCCAGAUUUGCCUCCUCUCAUUUUACACAGAAUACUGGCCUGAAAAUUUGAAUAAAUGUUGAAAUUAUAGCGAAGUAAAGAGUUAAACGACAGCUGAAACCACACGUGUUGUAUGAGCAGAUGUGUCUGUCUGUUGGUAUUAGUUUGUGUCUGUUUGGAAUUAGUUUCUCAAAUUCGUAAGGAAAAAAAAAGACUUAAGUGCAUUUUUGUUUAUGUGGAUGAAACAUAAGUACUUGAUUUAACCUCUAGUAUGUAAAUAAUGACAUUUGGCUUUGUUUUUAUACUGGGUGUUUCACUCUUGGCCUUUUUUCUGUCCUACGACACGAUUGUGGGUUGUAGCGUCGCGUGAAGGAAGACGACGGCACUGCAGAUUUGGCUUUGAAUUCAUUGUGUGGGUCACCUACUCUAUGUCAUGUAUGACGCUUACAUAAAAAAAAUCUGCUUUUUGCCUUUGAAAAGUAAAUAUAUUUUAACCCUGGAGCGUCAGCUGUUCUGAUGCACUGCUUAAUGCCACCUUAAAUUUCCCCAAAUUAUGAGCCGAGUUACAGCAAAUUUGUCUCCAAUUCAAGUGGAGGCUGUUUACAGACCUUAACCUACAUCUGAAGGCAUACAGCUGCUUUGUCUCUUAUUAAUCACUUUUUAAAUAGCUAAAAUGAAGAUUUUACGGCCUGUGGUUUUGAAGUUAUGAUUGUAGAAAUUUUUGAAUCGGAAAUGUAUUUUGAACUCGGAUAAAAACAUCCUAACAACCUACACUCUGGAUGUUUUUAGUUGGUUGAUAAUGAAUGUGCAUCUGGCAGUUGUUGGUACAGACGGCAGUGGGAUCAUUAAUCCUGCUCUAAUGUGUAGAUCUGAAACGCCAGCAAGGUUUUACUGUUUCAUUUGGCAAUGUGAAAUGUUACCACCUCCGGAUGCCAUAUUUCUCUUGCUUGCAGAUAAAAUAUUACCAAGAAAUCUUUGUAUUUUGACUGUGAACAUGUUAAAAUUUAGCCUUAAAUUGAAAACGACCAAGUGUUUUGUUUUGUUUUGAUUCAGAUUUUCAGUGUCUUUGAAAAGUAGCUCUUGUUACACGUGAAGCCACCUGAAAUAAAGACAUACAGGUGUGUGUGACCCUGUGUUUUCAAAGUCAGCAACCCAAUGUUACUCUUAAGUUUCUAAACUGCAGUAUUUGGUGCCAUUCUCCUGGUUCAGUCUGCAGCUGACAGCAGACAAGGACAGGAUGUGUGUGUGUGUGUGUGUGUGUGUGUGUGUGUGUGUGUGUGUGUGUGUCUGUGUGUGUGUCUGUGUGUGUCUGUGUGUGUGUGUGUGUGUGUGUGUGUGUGUGUUGCAUAGAUUGAGCCCUGCUUUUAACGGAGUUGAAGAUCUCUAAUGGCUUUGUUCUCAUCCUUUCUGUCUUUUUUUUUUUUUUUGUCCGGCUUACAUGUAGUCUAACAGAGCUGUAGCAAACUCAACAGAUGACUGGCAAAAGCACUUUUGUCCAGGCAAUAACUCAUCAAGGCUGUAAUAUAUUUGAAUUUUCCACCUGUUUUUAUUUUUUUCCAUUCUUUUAUUUGCUCUAUUUUUGAUCGUUUUGGAGUUCAAAGCAUGUUUCUCUUGAUUAUUUUUAAUCAAUAAAGAAUGAGCAUAUCAGA